AUGGCAAACUCCAAUUCUCCUCCUCCAUCAUACGACACCGUCCUUCCAUCUAUUUCCCGGUUCCGGGCACGAUCUGCAGUUCGAGGUGGUUCUCCCGGUGACGCCUACCUGCGCAUUCAACAGCAAAUCCUGAACAUCCUUCAACGAAUUCACUUUAGACUUCACCCAAGAAAGAAAUACAAGCAUCCAGUAGAAGUCAAAGUCGAAAAAACUAUCAUCAAACCUUUGGAUGCAACCCAAUACUUGGAUGUAAUUAUCGACAAAACAAUCAAAGUGGAGAAAUCAUCUUCAACAUCUCGAAUCGAAAAUGGCUGGACGCAUUAG